ACAGCCAAUCCCGCUUUGCGUGAUGAUAAUUUCUUGCGCUAUGUAUCUAAAGAGAGCAAUGGACCGUGAUUGUUUUGAAUUGGUAAAAUUUUGCCGGUGAAUAUUUGACUAACGUUUUACCAAGAUAACAUGAUGUAGCAGAGUUACAUUGGAGACAGGAAAGGCAGAUAUAUAUGUACAGGGAUUUAUGUUCAUUUCGUGGUACUCUGCUAUGACAAAAUGAAGAAGUUUUUGAAAGGCAGCAAGAGUAAAACGACAGCCCCUGCGGCUCCGGCUUCGGCUACACAGUCGGGAGCGGAACACGCAGCCGAAGCUCCCGGCUACGUUGUCAAAGAGAAGGACCUGUCCAAAUUGCACAAAGCGGCCUGGACCGGUGAUACCAUCAAAAUUAAGCAACUGACAAAGAAAGGCGAUGUGAAUGUUCUUGACAAGGAAAAUAGAACCCCCCUUCACCUGGCCAGCAGUAAAGGUCACAUUGAUGUGAUAGAUGUGCUGAUAGCAUGUAAGGCAAAAUUGAACAUGUGCGACAAUGACCAACGGUCACCUCUGAUGAAGGCUGUCCAAGGUAACUUUGGAGUGUGCGUGGAGACUCUGUUGAUCAACAAGGCAGAUCCUAAUCUGGUGGAUAAGAAUGGUAACACAGCUCUUCAUCUGGCUGCUAUAGCAGGAGCGCAGGAUCCCACCCUCUUUCUCCUUGAGAAUGGAGCGAUGGUCAAUGCAGCUAAUAAGGAUGGAAGUACAGCCCUCCAUCUAGCAGCAGCCAACAAACAUGAUGAGAUCAUUGAAAUUCUCCUCAAUGAAGAUGUGCAUGUCAAUGCCACUGACAAUGAAAACAGGACUGCAUUGAUGUGGGCGUGUCAGACGGAUCAGAUAGGCGUGGUCAGACAGUUACUAUCUAACAAGGCUGAUAUUGAUGUCAAGGACAGUAAAGGAUGGACGGCCAAUGACCAUGCUAUCAUGGGAGGAUUUCAUGGAUGUUCUCAUCUGAUAGAUGAGUAUAUAUCCAGCAGGAGACCGGCAUCUGUUCUGAGAUCAACUGGAGGAACAGGGGGGAUGUUUGGUUCUACGGCAGGGACCGAUGCUCUAGGUUUCUCGUUAGGAGGACCGGCCAUGGAUAAUUUUGAUGAUGAAGAUGAAGAUAUGUCAGAAGGAAGAUCAGCAGCCGAUUCAUGGGCUGCUUCAGCGUCUGAAGUUGACGAUCCUCCUGUCAAGAUCAAGAGCAACAAACCUAGCAAACCCAUCAAGUUGACCAAGUUCAUGAGCCAAGACUCCGACAAUGAGUCCAUCCACAGCAACGCCUCCGUCCACUCCACCGCCUCCAGGUCCAGGAUUCCCCGAGCCAGGUCCAACUCCAAAGAGAGUCUGCGCAGCGCCACCAGCACCCGUUCUGUCCGAUCCGACGUCAGUGCUGUGAGCGGCAGCAAGAUACCGAGGUUGAAGUCCCCGGAGAAGGAGCGGAGGAAAGGUCCGCCUACUGCUGCGUCCGCAUCACCUGGGAAGAAACCGUUAAAGAGGAGAGAUGUGGAAGAAGACGAGAAUGAUGUGACUCCAAGAGGAGAUGCCUCGGUUACCCCUACUCCAAGGGAGAGCGUGAUCUCAGCAGCAAGGACUAUAAGUGAUUUUGAUGAUGAUGAUGACCUGUUUCCUCCUUCAGACAAUGACAGACCAAAGCUGAGUCUUGGUGGGAAGAACAAACCAAAUGUUUCAGCAAUGCUGAACAAGCUCGGCAUGAGCGACCUUGAAGAUGAUGACGACGACGAGGAGGAAGACGAUUCUUGGCUGACGGAUACAAAGAAAGAUAAACAAGCCACAGUCAAGAGAGGGCCUGUUACACCAGAUAUAGUAGCUGACAAACCCCUUGAUGAUGAAAAUGAGUCUGAUUGGGAUUCAGAUGACAACUUGCUACCUUCUGAGGGAUCCAAUACAAAUGCUCCAGCAAAGCAGACUGGUGCUGAACCCAUUCCGGCAAAGAGGAGUAGUACACAGGAUGUAGGAAAGAGGAGAGAAGAGAAGGUACCAGUCCAAGCGAGCCCUUAUCAGAGUGGAGAUCAAUGGGAUACAGAGGAGGAGGAGGAAGAAGAAGAGGAGGAAAGUGAGUGGGAGAAAGACAGCAAGGUCAAUAAAGAACAACAGCGAAUGGAAGAGGAAAGACAGAGGCAGUGGGAAGAAGAUGAGAGACGGAAGAAAGAAAAACUUAUGAGAGAGGCAGAGGAAGAGAUCCAGAAGGAGAAGGAAGAACUGGCCAGACAAGCAGAGCUGGAGCGACAGCAGAAUGAAGAGGAGAGACAGAGAUUAGAAGAGGAAAGACUGAAAGUGGAACAAGAGAGGAAGAAAGCUGAAAGAGAGAAGCAAGCAGCAGAAGAGCAGAGGAGGAAGGAUGAACAGCUGAAGCAGAAAGAACAGGAGGAGAAGUUGAAAAGAGAGAAAGAACGAAUGGACGAAGAGCUCGCAAGGGAGAAGCAGCAGUUGGAAGAGGAAAAGAUGCGACUUGAAACAGAAAAUGCAGCGCAGGAAAAGAGGAAGAGGGAGGAAGAAGAAAGGAGGGAGGCAGAGAGGAAAGAACAGUUGAGGAUGGAGAGGGAGAGGAUGGAGAUGGACUUGGAAAGAGAACGAGAGAGGAUUGAAGCUGAGCGGAGACAGGUGGAAGAAGAAAGGAAUCGAGAAGCCCAGAGGAAACGAGAAGCUGAACAAGAAAUUGCUGAUGAAAGAGAAAGAGAAAAGAAGCAACUAGAAACUGAGAGGAAAGAAGAGCUGAGCAGAAUUGAAGCUGAGAGAAGACGUCUCUUGGAGGAAAAACAGUUGGAAGAGAAGAGACAGGUAGAGGAAAAGAAACGGUUAGAAGAAGAAAGGAAAUCGAAUGAACGGAAGUUGGAGGAAGAGCGACAGAGGCUUGAGGAGAAGAGAAGACAGGAGGAGGAAACCAGACAAAAGGAACGUCAACAACUUGAAGAAGAGAAGCAACAAACUCAACUUAUGCUCACUGCAGAAAGGGAAAAAUUGGAUAAUGAAAAGCAAAAACAAAUAGAAGAGAAGAUUAAGAUUGAUGAGCUCAAGAAACACUUUGAGAUGCUGCGAAGACAGCAAGAGGAGGAAAAGAAGAAAAUGCAAGCAGCAAAGGAAGAAGCAGAAGAAAAGCAAAGGUUGGAAGAAGAGCGGCUCAAGAGGGAAGAGAAGAGAUUGGAGGAUGAGAGGAAGAGGCAUGAAGAUGUCCGGAAACAGCUCGAGGAUGAAUUGUUCAAAAAGAGAUCAGCUGGUGAAGCAGAUGAUGCGGAUCGUCAAGCAGCAGCACACCAUCUAGAGGAUGAAAGGAAGAGGCUGGAAGAUGAACGGCAGCGUAUUGAGCAGCAGAGGAAGGAGUUUGAGGAUCAACAGAUCAAGGAAAAGACCCACAUAUCAACCCUGGAGAGAUCCAUGAAGGAAGAGAAAGCUAAGCUUGAACAGAGUUGGAGGGAGCUUGACCAAAAACGUCAAGAUAUGGAGAAGACUAUGCAAGAGAAGCACAAUGAUAACCUAAAUGCCACAAGUGACCUUGAAGGGCAGUUGAAGAAGGAGGCAGAACUGGCUUCUAAAGCCAAGGAGGAGCUCCAACAAGAGAAGCAGAAGCUGCAGGAAGAGCGCGAGCAACUCAUGAAUAGGACCAGGGAGAUGGAGCAAAAGCGGAAUGAGCUGGAGGAGAUGAAGAAAAUGAUGCGACUGCGAAUGGAAGAACAGAGGAAACAGCGGGACCAGAGCGUUGCACGUCCUGCAGAAAUGCCUCCCAGGAGACUCCAGGAAACUGGUGGAGAUCACAGCGUGGACCAGGCCCUGAACCUCUACCAGCAGAAUAUCGAGAGGCGGCUGAUGGACGAGGAAAGGUCGGAUACUGUCUCAUCCAUCAGCCAGUUUGACGGAAUGAUUGACGAGCUGACCCAUGAGAUGGAAUCGAUGAAGAUGGAGAAGGAUCAGAUGGAGAUGACAGAUCCUGUUCUCUACAGCUCCAUGGGACAGAGUAUGGGAAUGACUGCAGGAACAGAUGGUACCUUCAUCAAGUUACAUAAUACAUCAGAGCUUGGACAUCACUCGGGUAUCGUACCUCAAUCUCGACCACUGAUGAGCUCCUUGCCACCAUCUCUUCUCAAUCACAAUGCAGCCAACUCAAAUAAGAAGCAACAGCAGCCAGAAUGGAUGGGCAUACUCAACGAAGGAGAUGGCCUGGAUUACUCCAGCAGUGAAGAAGGCAAUGGAUCAGCAGCAGAUGAUGGGGGGCAACUUGGCACCCUACCUCUCCUGGCCUCCACCCCUAUUGCACCCCUCACCAGCAUACCGCAGGGGGUCACUGGAUACAACUCUAGAUGCAGCAACCGUCAUGCAGUUUCAGCAAGCACUGCGUGAUAUGAGACGGCGAGCCGACCGUGAGAAAAGUUCAAGGCUGAAUAUGGAGAACAGGUGUAAGACACUGCAGAGUGAGAAACAGGAUCU